AAUCAGUAGUGCUUCGCAAACCCUUGUUCUGCAAUAAUGGAUUUUGUGAAAGGUCUGCUGAAUGUUUUAGUUCUUCAGCUUCUCCUUCUCCAGCUCUGCUCUUCCUUGGACACCAUAAAAUUUGAUCAACGCAUCCGAGAAGGUGAUUUCUUGGAGUCCAAGAAUAAGACCUUUGUCCUGGGAUUCUUUAGGCCCAAAAUGUCAAACAACAGCUAUGUCGGAAUUUGGUACAAGUUCUCGGAAGGCAUGGUUGUGUGGGUAGCCAACAGAGAUAAUCCAAUCAAUGGCAGCUCAGGAGUUCUUUCAAUAGGUUCUGAUGGAAACCUAGCGCUGCAAGCCGAUACUAGCGAAGGCCUUAUUCCUCUGUGGUCAACAAAUGUUUCGAUAUCAUCAGCAAGCAACGAUAAUAUUUUUGCGCAAAUUCUUGAUUCAGGAAACCUUGUUUUGGCUCAACAAGGCAGCCGGCAUGUUUUUUGGCAGAGCACUGAUCACCCUACAAAUAUUCUUCUUCCGAAUACAAAAAUGGGGUUGGACAGAAGAAGUGGCAUAAACCGGUUCCUCACGAGUUGGAACUCGGAAAAUGAUCCUGGGACAGGGAAUGUUUCAUUGAGAAUUGACCCGUAUGGAUCGCCUCAGUUGAUCUUGUACAAGAAUGAGGCUAAAUUGUGGAGGUCAGGACAGUGGAACGGGAUUCAAUGGAGUGGGAUACCUGACGUGCCGAAGGAUGUGUUUAAGAUCAAUUUUGUAAACAACAAAGAUGAAAUACUUCGCAGUGGACUGAUCUCGACCCUUCAAUUUACUCAGUGUACACAGUAGACUAUUCGGGAACACUCAACCUCCGAGCAUGGCAGAG